UCAACUCUCUUCCCCUCUCCUUUCUCUCCUCUCCUUCCUUUCUCCCUCCCUCCUUCCCACCUCCCCUCCCUCGGUCGUGGUUCCUGAGAGUAUUUGGGAGAAUCUCUGGGCUGAGGCUCAGUCCCUGCUCUGCUAUGCUCGCGGUGACUUGUCCGUCCAUCUAGAAAAAACCGCCCACAGGACCUCCAGGAAAGUAGCAAAAGCGGCUUUCCCCAACUUCAGAGGAACUUUUAAGGGAAGAAAACUGACUCCAGGCUCUUCUGGGUCCCUCAGGUUAUUUGUCAGAGGCAGAGUGUGAUCACCAGGCAGCCUCCCUUGACCCUUGGAGACUGUUUCCAUUUUAAUUUUAUUUCACAGGCUUCAGGAUUUCCUUUUUUUUUUAUUUCCCAUAAGUCUUCACACUUUAGUUUAUUUUUUAACAAAACAUUUCAAUUCCUAGUUCUUGAUUUCAAAGCCCAUCCGUGAAUGGACCUCUUGUGAUCCAUCCCUUUCACCCCCAGUUAAAUCCCUCAGACUCUGCCCUUGCAUAGCUCAGCUGCAACAGAAAGGAGGCAAGGGGAGGGGGAGAGUGGAGCAAGGGCAGAGCAGCCAGGUCUGGCAGCAGGACAGGGGCAGACCAGCAGGACCAUGAAACUCUUCUCCAGGGGGCCCCUCGGUGGAAUGGCCCUGCUCUGGCUCCUGGGACUUUUGCUGUGGGAGCUGGGCAGCAGCAGCUUCCAUGGGAAUUAUCUCCACACCUCCAGCUUCCUCCAGAGGAGACUCAGUGGCUGGGAGAAGCGGGAAAUGCAACGGGAGAUCCUGUCCAUCUUGGGGUUGCCAGGCCGCCCCCGGCCCAGGCCCCCCCCAGGAGCUAAGCUGCCAUCUUCAGCCCCACUCUUCAUGUUGGACCUGUACCAUGCCAUGGCCAGUGAAGAGGAAGAUGGGCAAGGCAGUGAUGAUGCAGAUGUGGCCUGGGGCCGUGGGGUCUCCAGGCCUGUGCUGACCAGUCUGAGCACCCAGAGCCCUCCUCUGGAACGGGUCAUCAGCCAUGCUGACAUGGUCAUGAGCUUCGUAAAUAUGGUCGAGCAUGACCGGGAUCUAUUCUACCAGGAGCCCUACUGGAAGGAGUUUAGAUUCGACUUGACCCAGAUUCCAUCAGGGGAAUGUGUCACAGCUGCUGAGUUCCGGAUCUAUAAGAUGAGGAGUUUCACUAGACACCUCAACAAGACCCUUCACAUCAGCAUAUAUGAGAUCAUCACGGAGCAAUCCAAUAGGGAAUCUGACUUAUUCUUACUAGAUCUGCAGACCCUUCAGGCUGGGGAUGAGGGCUGGCUGGUUUUUGAUGUCACAGCUGCCAGCAAUCACUGGUUAUUAAAUCGUAAAAGUCACCUUGGAUUUCGUCUUUAUGUGGAAGCCGAGGACGGGCGAAGCGUCGAUCCUGGAUUAGCUGGACUGCUGGGUCAGCAGGGGCCACGCUCCAAACAACCUUUUAUGGUCACUUUUUUCAGGGCAAAUCAAAAUCCCAUCCGAGCUCCUCGGGCACUCAAGCAGCUAAAGAAAAGGCAGCCAAAAAAAAGCAACGACCUCCCCCACCCAAACAAACUCCCAGGGAUCUUUGAUGAUAUCCAUGCCGCUGAGGGCAGACAGGUUUGCAGGAGGCAUGAACUCUACGUUAGUUUUCAGGACCUUGGUUGGCUGGACUGGGUCAUUGCACCUCAAGGGUACUCUGCCUAUUACUGUGAGGGGGAGUGUGCCUUCCCACUGGACUCCUGCAUGAAUGCCACUAACCACGCCAUCCUGCAGUCCCUGGUGCACCUGAUGAAGCCCGACAGUGUCCCCAAGGCCUGCUGUGCUCCCACCAAGCUGAGUGCCACCUCAGUCCUUUAUUAUGAUACCAGCAACAAUGUCAUUCUGAAGAAACAUCGGAACAUGGUGGUGAAAUCCUGUGGCUGUCACUGAGACCCCUCCAAGGGCUCUGCGGCUCAUGGAGAAGCCCUAUCACUGGUCUUCAGGCCGGCUAUCCAGAGCACCCACAUCAGGGAACCUUCUGCCCCUCAAUCAAUAAUACAAACCUCCCUGCUUCCGGAUAGAUGGAUGGCUUUCUGAAGGGGCUGGAAACACUCCAGAAGAUUCCUGUUGACUGCAGGCCAUUAGCUGUGAAA